AUGCACGCCCCCACAAUCAUCCACCACCCCGCGCCCCCCAGGCGGCCGGGUGGCAGCCAACCACGCUACCUCGUCUUCCUCAUCACCGGCAACCCGGGCCUGGUCGGCUACUACGCGCCCUUCCUCGCGCACCUGCACGCCCGGCUCAACAACCUGCCUCUCCCCUACGGCGACACCUCCACCAACACCUCCAGCACAGACGCACCCCCAUCCUUCGAGCUCUUCGGCCGCAGCCUCUCCGGCUUCGAAGCCACAGGCGCAGAACCGGGCGCCUUUCCCGCGGCCACUGCCACCGCCGCCGCUGCCGCUGUUCCAGAUAGCGGUGUCAAUGCAGCAACAGCCGCAGCCUUCGGCUCCGCGCCGCCGUUUAGCUUGCGCGCGCAGAUCGCGGGCGUUGAGUGGGUGUUGCGGGACCAGGUGCGGGGGAUGCGUGAGCAGUGGCGGGAGGAGGCGCGGGAAGCUGCCGCCGCCGCCGCGCAGCGGGGUGUGGCGGGAGAGGAGAAGGAGAAGGAGGAAGACCAAGACCAAGACCCGCAAAUCAUCCUCAUCGGCCACUCCGUAGGCGCGUACAUCGCGCUCGAAAUAACGCGACGCUGGCGCCUGCUCGCACGGCUGCACUCUUCCUCCUCCACCACCACCGCCCCUCCUCCUCUGGCAGGCACAAUAGCCCUCUUCCCCACAAUCGCGCACAUUGCCGCCUCGCCCUCCGGGCAGCGCCUCAGCACCCUCUACGCGCUGCUGCCACCGCUCGCAUCGAUCGCGCACGCCCUCGCCGCGCUGCUGACGGCGCUGCUACCCGCGACGGUGCUCGUGUUCCUCGUGCGCGCCGCGACGCGCAUGCCGCCCGCCGCGGCCGCGACGACGGCCGCGUUCCUGGCGUCGCGCUGGGGCGUGCUGCAGGCGCUGGGCAUGGCGCGGGACGAGCUGCGGGAGAUUGGGGAGGACGAGUGGGGGCGCGACGUGUGGGGUGCUGCUGGGGGCGAAGCCGACGGCGAGGCCAAGGACGAUGGUGCCGAACCCCCCGCGCGCCUCUUCUUCCUCUUCGGCCGCGGCGACCACUGGGUCGCCGACUCGACGCGCGACGAGCUGGUCGAGGCGCGGGGCCGGCGGGCCGGGCGCGACGAGGCGUGGCGGCCCGUCAUGGAGGUCGACGAGACGGGCAUUCCGCAUGGGUUUUGCACGGAGCUUGAUACUAGUAUCGCUGUUGCUGAGAAGGUCAAGCACUAUAUUGACGAGAUCGUGGAGGAUGUGUCUGGAGCGGGAUUGAGGAGGGCGUGA